UCCCGGUUACUACGGUGUUCUAUUCUGACGUUCAUGAAGGCUUUAAGUGCUCGUUCUGUCAAGCAUGCAGAGCUUACCGGUGUCCAAACCAAAGUGACAUGGUUUCUUGCUCACAUUCUGACGCAUGUGGAACUCAACUAGGCUGUGUCAGCCAACAUUAGAUGAUCUCCGGGCCAACCUCAGAUGACCUUACGGGUGGCGAAUGAACGCCGCGGUGGGAAACCCCCUAGGCCUCAGUCGGGUUUACUGGAGCGUUCUGACGUAUCAGGGCGCUACUACAUCGAGUUGCUGCCCCUCGCAGUUCCUUCAGGUUGAUAUUUCUGCCUACACAUGAAACUCCUUGCUUUAAUUGCUGUCCUGUCUACGUUCGCUGUCGGCGUUUUUGCCACGGCGAUCCCUCCUACCCCUUUCGUCUGCCAAAAUGAGAAGGUUCUAGCUACUCAUUUCAUUGGUAAGAACAACGAAGUGGAAGCACAGGUCCUCUCUUGCAGCAACCUACCCAGCCUCACCGCUCGUAGCGUUGCUCAAAAGAGGCAGACGAAUGUGUGUGGAAAUACUUGUAACACCAACUGCUUCACUCCUGCUGGCGGAGGACCCGACCCCAAUGACUGCCAAGUGAUCGCAGAUGCGCUGCUGUAUGACAAUCAGAACAUCGGCCAGCUGUUCAACAUCACUGUGGGGAACCCUAUCUUUAUGCAGUAUGCUAGCUGCGAGACGUUCUUUGUCAAUCAAGCUAGCUACAACGAAACGUACUGUAGGGACGAUUGGUCGAGCGUUAUUGAAUGGGUCGCAUUCAAUUGUCAGUCACAGCAGAACGCUCAUGGCGGUAACUGCGUCGCAAGUGAUCAGACCUGGUUCAUCCAAAUCCAAUCUUCUUAAGGCGGAUGGCCAGAUUCUGCGGACUUUGGCAGUGGAAUAUUUUCAUUGCAUGGACUAUUUUUGUUCUUCACAUAGUAACUAUGUUUGGUAGGUGAAAUGGGAUUUAUUUGAGUGCGCUAAGGAGUUAUGGUCGUCAG